AUGGGCAAGAAGAAGUUCAGUGGGCUGGAACUCACCUUGAUUGUCCUUCUCUGCCUGGUGACAGCCAUAACCUGUGUCUUCAUUGGGCUUUUAGCAUCAGGAAUAUCUGGAGUCAAAACAGUAGUGUUUUCGCCGACAUGUCCGACAAAACCAAUAGCAGAGAGAAUUGACUGCAUCCCGGAUCAAAUAGCAACAAAGAGCAUCUGCAACCUGCGUGGCUGCUGCUGGAGCCCCCAGAACGAUACCAGUGUGCCCUGGUGUUUUUUCCCUUCAAACUCCGGGUACGAAGUGGAUGGGUCAGUAAGAUCAACUCAGACAGGAUUCGAGGCUACUUUAAAGAGGCUGCCAUCGCCUUCCCUCUUUGGAAAUGAUAUCGACACCGUCCUCCUCACGGGAGAGUAUCAGACACCAAAUCGCUUCAGGUUCAAGAUCACUGAUCCUGCAAGACAAAGAUUUGAAGUCCCUCACGAACGCGUGGGAUCUUUCAGUGGACCCGCAGCCUCCAAUUUAAACUACAAAGUGGAGGUGAAGCAGAAUCCCUUUGGCAUCAUAGUGACCAGAGUGAGCAGUGGGAAAGUGGUGUUUGAUACUACCAUAGGACCACUGCAGUAUGCCGAGCAGUUUUUACAGCUGUCAAUCAAACUCCCCAGCAACAACAUCUAUGGCGUGGGAGAGCACACGCACAAGGAGUACCGGCACGACGUCAACUGGAAAACCUGGCCAUUGUUCACCAGGGAUAUUGGUACCUCUGGAGAAAUGUACAAUUUUUACGGAGUUCAAACCUUCUUCCUGUGUUUGGAAGACAGCAGUGGAGCCUCCUUGGGUGUUUUCCUAAUGAACAGCAAUGCCAUGGAGUUUGCGGUGCAGCCCACUCCAGCAGUGACCUACAGAACCAUUGGUGGGAUCCUUGACUUCUAUGUCUUAUUGGGGAACACUCCAGAAGAAGUAGUCCAGGAGUACCUGCAGUGCGUGGGACUGCCGGUGCUUCCUGCCUACUGGAGCCUGGGCUUCCAGCUCAGCCGCUGGAAUUACGGCUCUCUGGAUGAGGUGAAGGAAGUCGUGGAGAGGAACAGGGCGAUUGGACUCCCUUGUGAUGCUCAAAUCACUGAUGUUGACUAUAUGGAGGAUAAGAAAGAUUUUACUUAUGACAAAGUGAAUUUUCAAGAUCUCCCUAAUUUUGCAGCUUAUCUGCAUCAGUAUGGACAAAAAUAUAUUAUCAUAUUGGAUCCUGCUAUUAGCACACAGAAACUAGCUGAUGGUCCGUAUGGAAGCUAUGACAGAGGACAGAGCAAAAAAAUCUGGGUUAAUGAAUCAGAUGGAGUAACACCAUUAAUUGGGGAGGUGUGGCCAGGGGAGGCUGUGUACCCGGACUUCACCAACCCAGACUGCACUAGCUGGUGGGUGGAAGAAUGCAAAAUAUUUUAUGACACAGUGCCGUAUGAUGGAAUCUGGAUUGAUAUGAAUGAAGUAUCCAAUUUCAUUAGAGGCUCAAUAAAAGGUUGCGCACAGAAUGACUUAAAUUAUCCUCCUUUCACUCCCUGUAUUCUUGAUAGGCUACUGUUUGCCAAGACGAUUUGUAUGGAUGCUGUGCAGAAGUGGGGGCUGCAGUAUGAUGUCCACAGUCUUUACGGAUAUUCCAUGGCCAUAUCAACACGAAAAGCCAUUGAAUCACUGUUUCCUGGAAAACGAAGCUUCCUUUUUUCGAGGUCUACGUUCAUUGGAUCAGGGAAUUACACCGCACACUGGCUGGGAGAUAACGCAGCAAUAUGGGAUCACCUGAAAUGGUCAAUACCUGGAAUGCUGGACUUCAACCUCUUCGGAAUUCCUCAUGUUGGGGCAGAUAUUUGUGGUUUCUUUGACAACACCACAGAGGAACUUUGCACACGAUGGAUGCAAUUAGGAGCAUUUUACCCAUUUGCCAGGAAUCACAAUGCUGAAGGAUACAUAUCUCAGGAUCCGGCUGCGUUUGGAGCUGAUUCAGUCUUGGUGCAAACCUCCAAGAACUACUUAAACAUUCGCUACACGUUGUUACCCUACCUGUACACACUUUUUUUUAAAGCUCAUACUCAAGGAAGCACAGUUGCACGGCCAGUUUUGCACGAGUUCUACUCUGAUGAAGCAACGUGGUUUGUCCAUAAGCAGUUCCUGUGGGGUCCUGGCCUGCUUAUUUCUCCUGUACUUGACCCGGGUGUGGACCAAAUUCAAGCAUAUAUUCCUGAUGCAGUGUGGUACGAGUAUGAAACGGGAGCAAAAAUCUCAGCAAGAAAGGAAUGGACCACUCUGUACCUGCCAGCCGACAAAAUGGGACUCCACCUGAGAGGAGGCUACGUUUACCCUACCCAGCAACCUGCUACCACAACGGUUCAGAGCCGCAAGAAUCCGAUGGGACUCAUAAUUGCCCCAAAUGACAAUGAUACAGCAUUUGGGGACUUGUUCUGGGAUGAUGGAGAAUCUACAGAUACGGUUGUGAAUAAAGCCUAUAUUCACCUUGAGUUUGUAUAUUCUAAUAGUGGGCUAAACGUAGUUACUGUACACAACAAUUACACUGAUUCAAACAACUUGAUAUUUGAAGAAAUCAAGGUACUGGGAGCACCCAAGGGAAUAACGGCAGUUACCGUAUCUCAGAACAACAUCGUGCAAAAUUUUCAGCUGAAUAUCACCUAUAAUUCUGUCGAAAAGCCCCUGCCAGCCAAACAUAGCACUGAAGACAUUAUAUUCUUGGGUUUAUUUUCCACUUUCCAUUUUCACUGGGAUUCGCAGCUGCCCACCUUCAUGUUCAGUGAGAUGUUCAUUCAGAUUUCUACCCACUUGGCAUCCCAGUGUAUAGAUAGAUUUAGAAAAGGUGAGCACACCAUGACUCAACGUAACAUGAGCUGGCACACCUUGGGAACAUUCACAAGGGACCAACCUCCUGCUCGUGCCACCGCGGCGCUGCCGGUCAAGGCAGGAGUGAAAUUGCUGACAGGCCAGGAAGGGACGUCGAUAGCUCUGCUGUCGGCCGCAUCUCCCGUGGUUUGGGCUUUAGCUUUGGCUCAGUCCUGGAGCAGAGAGCUGGCACCUCGAGUCACCAAACCUCAGCAAAAGCUCAAACUUGAGCAGUUCUAUACCCAACACACACUCUUUAAACUUGAAGUUUUAGCUGCAAUUUCCCAAGCAUUGUUGAAGAUGUUUGACCGUAUGAUGGAGUUCAGUCUCUUUAGAAUAUAUACAGGAGCAAAUAGCUGUGGCUUCUUCAAAGAUUUGGAGUAUGAGCUGGCUGCAGCUGGGUGCACAUUUUAUCCAUAUUUGAGGAAUCAGAAAGGAAAAAGGAGGGAAGACCCUGUUUCCUGGAACUCAGUGUCUGAGGAGAUUUCCAGGAAUGUGCUGCAUAUAAGAUGCACACGGUUUCCCAGACUCUACACAUUGAUGUUCAUGGAAGGCAGAAUGACCUGGAAAAUAUAUGAGCAGCUCCUCUGGGGACCUGCACUGCUCAUCAGCCCUGUGAUGCAACAGGACACUGUAAAGAUGAAUAAUUACUUACUUAAUGCCCACCAGUGUGAUUACUACACA